UAACCUUUUAGUCACCUUUUAUUUGUAUUUCGAGGACAGGCCGCAUUUCUUGGCUUAAGGAUCUGUCUAAUCACAUUAUAGCAAGGGGCUCAGUGACUUUGGACAUAUGCAGAACGCCUAGAAUUGAGAGAACUUCGACCAACGGUGUUCCUUCUAACUUGUCGGACGAGCUACUUUCCAACUGUGUGAUUCCACCUUUCUGGCACUGAACAUGGCGAACAGACGAUCGUGUGUUCCGUUCCUAACCUUCGGACUACUCCUAUCGACCGUUGUCUUCAUUUUGAUCGGCAUGAAGGCUUGGCAGAACCGUCAAUAUGUUUUCUUUUAUCAAGACGUGGGGACAGGGACAGUUUCUUCAACAGAAAGGAUGAGCUCACCUAGAACAACCAAGAUGCCGGAAGUGAAUUUCAAUACAUCGGAAGUUGAACGGAUAAGACAGUGGGUUUUGAAGUACUUCGAUCCAGACAAAGACCUCACCAUAAACAAGUCUCAAGUCCAUCUUUGGCAACGUAUCCGGUACGAAGCUACUCCGAAAGAAUACGCCAACAUCACAGAGAACUUCUUCCGCCUAAUUCCGGAAUCCUCGCCUCUUCUGGACAAACACUUCCGGUCCUGUGCAGUCGUGGGGAAUUCUGGGAUACUCAACGGCAGCCAUUGUGGUUUUCAAAUCGACUCUGCAGACUUCGUGUUUAGAUGUAACCUUGCUUCUAUUGAAGGAUAUGAAAAUGAUGUAGGGACAAAAUCUAACUUUACCACAAUGAACCCUUCCGUUCUUCCCCACGAUUAUAAAGGAUACCAAGAAGAUAAGAGCUUAAGAGAAAAGUUUGUGAAACGACUGCGUCUCAUAAGUGAUCAGAUUCUUCACAUUCCUGCCUUCGUAACAGUGAACGGACGUCAGGACGUGGAGUUUACCAACGCAAUGAUAGUGGAGCAUCAUUUGCCAAUUAAGCUUUCGUACGCGCCAAGGGGAACUACUGGGAAAAUGAACAAGCUUUGGAAGAAUUCAGAAUUCAAGCCGAAACGACCAUCUACGGGCACCAUAAUGUUCGCGCUGGCAGCUUCUUUGUGCGACCAGAUCCACUUGUACGGAUUCUACCCGUUUGGAAAGGACAAAUACGGACGGAGGAUAAAAUACCAUUACUAUGGGAGAGUAGGAAACCUUCGCAACCAUAAUAUGACUGAAGAGUAUCGGGCGUUUCAGGUGCUCCACCAGCGGAAGGCAUUGGUACUGCACACAGAGCCUUGUGAUGACCACGUGCUGUGAAUUAUCAAAAACUCCUUCGUAUUUGAUGUGUUACUAAUUUUGCUAUUACAUUAACCAGACCACUCAACACAUGUAAUCAUUGUUAAAUUCCUAAUGUUCAUUGAACAUUGUUUAUUCUUGCAAUGCCGAGAAGUAUUGAUACAAUAAAUGGAAUCUCCAUCAAUACAGUGAUAUAAA